AUGUUCCGCCUUACCCGACCGUUACUACAAGCCGCCCGUAAGACCACUACCGGGGUCACCGGCCUCCAUGUGCAUUCCAAUCCUCUCCCCGAGCUUGUCCACACUUACCAAUCGACACUCUCGCUUUUGUCGACCAUACCCGAAAGCUCCGUCUACCGCCAGGGUGUGGAGGCACUUACUCAACGGAAGCUGGAUAUCGUCAAUGCUGCCGACGGAAACAUAGCAGCUGUGGAGAAGGAGCUUGAAGAUGGCCAGAUUGAACAGGCUUUGGACAUCGCCAAAGACGAGCUAAGCCUUCUUUCGAAGAUGAUUGAGUGGAAACCCUGGGAACCCCUGGAAGAGAAGCCGGAGAAAGGCCAGUGGGAAUACUUCGGUAGCGACACGCUCGGUGUUGACCCCAUACAACACUCGUGAUUGUGGGCGAAGCACCACUGCGUUUCCUGCACCUCGUCAACAUCUUCAGCAGUAGUCCUUCUAGACUCUCAUGACUUGUACCGGUAGAUUGGAAAUCAAUGGGUGAUCAAGUCAGUUAUGGAUGCCGC